AUGACUUACACGGUUCUCUCAAAUGACCAGGUCAACUCCAUCUUGGAGGGCCUUACCGUUGACGAGCUUGAUGAGUUUCGCCAUGUUUUGGCUUCAUCCCUACACGAGUUCUCUACCGGAGUGCCGGCUCUUGAGGAAGCCUUUCAGCAACCAGAACGCAUCUCAACACUACAUCCAGAGACCAUGGCUAGGACGCUGUACAUGCCCUCAUGUGCCCCGUGUGGAAUGGGCUGCAAAGUAAUUUCCCUGACAAGCACGGAGGCAUCCCAGGACUCUAGAGUUACACAGAUCAGUCCUACUGGUGUUCUCAACCUGUUCCGGCCAGAUGGAUCACCACUUGGAAUCGUCAAUGCAACAGCUCUCACAGCAUUCAGAACAGCCCUGGCAUCUACCUGUUUGUUGGAGCGCCGGAACCAUGUUAAGACCUUGACGGUAUUUGGCAGCGGUCUUCAGGCUUACUGGCAUAUCCGGCUUGCCCUGAUGAUCCGCGGCAGUACCAUUAAACACGUUCAUGUUAUAAACCAUAGGUGGAGCGAUAAAGCGACCGGCAUCCUGAAGAGAUUCGCCAGCAUCCCUCCUGAGAUCAAGAGACGAGAAGGUUGGUCAGACACCAAGUUCGGUCUCCUGAUCCCUGCAUUCCACGAAUAUCGACGCCUCAUCAAAGAUCAGAUAAGGGAUGCAGAUGUGAUCUACUGCUGCACAGCCUCGCAAAAAGAUCUCUUUGAUGGAUCCAUCUUAACGUCUCAUGAGGGUCGCAAGAAAGGAAGACUCAUCAUCGCUGUCGGAAGCUAUACACCAGAAAUGCGGGAGCUUCCAAAUGACCUUAUCCAGUUAGCAGUAAAGAGGGAGGACAAGCCUCAUCGACACUUCCACAAGCAUGCAGUCGAAGGCGGAGUCAUCGUCGUUGAUAAUAUCAGAGGCGUGCUCAAAGAAGCAGGCGAGAUCAUUGCUGCCAAUAUUGGGCCCCAUCAACUUGUAGAGUAUGUGCUCAUUCCUCCCCUUUAA